AUGAGUACUCUUGUCCUUGCUCCCUCAUCUCAUCAUCAUCAUCAUCAUCGUCCACCACAACCAUCCCAAUUAGCGAUCCAUACACAGCGACAACAGUCAAAUACGAUUGCUAAAACGAAACCACGUUCAACACUCGUUGAUCCGCUCCAUGCACGGUAUUUAAUUGCUCAUAAACUUGCAUCUGGCGGUUUUGCCGACGUCUACGCUGGUGUACGGAAGAAGGAUGGAAUGCCUGUAGCAUUGAAAGUGAUACCGAGAAAGCGCGUGACAGAAAUCAAUACGCCUGAUGGUAAACUACCAUUGGAAGUUGUGUUAUUGCGUCGUGUAGCUAAAGUGAAAAAUGUUAUACAUAUGUUGGAAUAUUUUAUACAUAAUGAUCAACUUGUUAUUGUACUUGAACGACCUGAACAUUGUUGUGAUCUAUAUGAUUUUAUUUGUGAACGUUCAGGCGGAUUAGACGAACGAUUAGCGCGAGAUUUUUUUAAACAAAUUUUACAAAUUCUUAAAGAUGUCCAUGCAUGUGGGGUUCUUCAUCGAGAUAUCAAAGACGAAAAUUUCCUUGUCGAUAUGCGUACAGGACAAUUAUAUUUAAUUGAUUUUGGCUCAGGUGCUCUUUUGCACGAUGAAAUUUACACCGAUUUCGAAGGCACUCAGUGUUACGCUGCACCUGAAUGGGUAACGUGUCGGAGAUAUUUUGGCCUACCACAAACCGUUUGGUCGUUGGGAAUACUAUUAUAUGACCUAGUUUGUGGCGAUGUUCCAUUUUCUGACGAUUUAGCUAUUAUCAAAUGUCAGCCUCAAUUUCCCAAUCAUCUUUCACAAGAAUGUAUACAAUUAAUUGAACAAUGUUUAUCAAUAAGAUCAUCUGAACGACCGACGUUAGAUCAAUGUUUACAAUCUGAAUGGCUGAAACAUCCUUCAUCGAGAGACUUGUCAUUAUCAUUAGUAUCACGUCGUCGAAUGACUGGACAUUCUAAUCAUUCUCAUCAUUUGAAAGACUCAAAUUCUCUACCCAAAUCUACUACAGGCAGUUCUUCGUCUCGUGGUAAUUCCUUGUAG